AUGAAAAACACCAACAUAAUAGAUUUUGUAGAUGCAAUAUUAUCCUGCUUACUAGGAACUCUAGAUGAUGAUAGGCUUGAUGUUAAUAUUUUGAUUGGUAUGGUAUGUAGAAUAAUUUUUUUUGUUGUCACAAUUAUAGUAAAAGAUUUAAAUACUUAUACUUGGUUUGAACUAAUAGCAUAAAUGGGGGCAUGGUUUAUUUUUCAUGUCUAUGUCAUCACUUGUGAAUUUCCUUAUUUUUCAAAAGGUCUAUCAUAAACUGAAAAAAGAGAAUAGAGAUAUAAAUACAUGGAUAUGUUUUAAUUAAUAAUAGCAAUAUCAUAUUUACUUGCAAAUGGAGAGUCAAAUUUAGAAGAAUAUACUAUUGAAUUUUAUACACUGACCUUCUUUGGAACAAAUUUAUUUAUAAAUGUAUUCGGAUUAUUUCUAUCUAAUUGUUAAAAAAAUAAGAAGCCAGAUUAUUAGAAAGAAGGAGGAUUAAAGAAUAUUUCUUGUGGUUUAUGUCUUGGAUCAAUUAUUGUCAUCAUAUAUUUAUUUAUAAUUAAGAGUAAGUAUGAGGAAGAGAUUGAAGCUUCAACUGCAUUAAGAAUAUUUUGGCUAUUCUCAAUUAUUGGUGAAUUUGUAGUAGCCUUUGCUUCAUUAAUUUUCGGUUUUUUACCCAAAAGAAGAUAAUUCACUUUUGCGAAAGACGGGUGGAAAGGGUGGUUAGGUAUUUUUUAUGGAAUCACUUUUGGUUUAUUCAGUAUUUUUUAUGGAUUUUUGAUUGGCAUCAUUAUCAUACUUGGUUUUAUUAUAUUGGUAACAGCUUGCAAACAACGCUCCGUAUAUGAAGUACCUCCAACUAUAACCUCUUGA